GGUGCAUCGCUUGAGUUGCGCUUUGCACAGGCAGGAGGGCGCGCCGUCCGUUCGGUUGGGCGCCCAAGUGAUGCCUUUAAUCUGCGGGUGAUCCGCUUCGCACUUCCGCUGCCCCAGUUCUGCCCGCUGCUGCUCUGCGCCUCAACCCAGCAUCGCCGGAAAAUCUCCCGGGACGAUCCAGCGCAGAGAAGAAAAGGAGAAAAAAGCGGGAAGCGAUAGAACCGCCGCCGCCGCCUGGUCUUGUUUUGAAAGUUGCUCGGGCUGCCUCGUCCCACAGCGCAGGCGCUGCCGCAGCGAGGCCGGGCCGGGCCGGGCUUUGCCAGAGCCGCCAGCAGGAGGAGGAUCGGGGCUGCAGCUCUUUGCUCUCAUCCCACCCCCACCCUCACCUCUGAUGAACCUCGCAUCCAGCUAGCCGUGCAAGCGACUGCAGCCGGAGGAAGCGAGGGAGGGGAAUUCAUCCGAAACAGCAGCUUGCUCCGACGCCUGGGCCGCUCCAGACAGACGACCUUCCUGCUGGGGCCGACGCUUAAUUAGCCGGGAUGGCCGUUCCGCUUAGCGACAGCGAAAAAAGGAAACAGAUCAGCGUGCGGGGCAUCGCCGGGCUGGGCGAUGUGGCGGAGAUUAGGAAGAGCUUCAAUCGGCACCUCCACUUCACUCUGGUGAAAGAUCGGAAUGUGGCCACCCCGCGGGAUUAUUUCUUCGCCUUGGCGCACACUGUGCGCGAUCACUUGGUGGGACGGUGGAUCCGCACCCAGCAAUAUUAUUACGAGAAGGACCCCAAGCGUAUUUAUUACCUGUCUCUGGAAUUCUACAUGGGCCGAACACUUCAGAAUACGAUGGUGAACCUGGGUCUGCAGAAUGCCUGUGAUGAAGCUAUUUAUCAGCUUGGCCUUGACUUAGAAGAGUUGGAAGAGAUUGAGGAAGAUGCUGGCCUUGGCAAUGGAGGACUGGGGCGUCUAGCAGCUUGCUUUCUGGACUCUAUGGCAACUCUGGGGCUUGCAGCCUAUGGCUAUGGGAUCCGUUAUGAAUUUGGCAUUUUUAAUCAAAAGAUUGUCAAUGGCUGGCAGGUGGAAGAAGCUGAUGAUUGGCUGCGCUAUGGCAAUCCUUGGGAAAAAGCCCGCCCUGAAUACAUGCUUCCUGUACAUUUCUAUGGUCGAGUAGAUCAUACUCCUAAUGGGAUUAAAUGGGUUGAUACUCAGGUUGUUCUUGCCAUGCCUUAUGAUACACCUGUUCCAGGAUAUAAGAACAAUACAGUUAAUACCAUGAGACUGUGGUCAGCCAAGGCACCCAAUGAUUUCAACCUUGAAGAGUUUAAUGUUGGUGAUUAUAUCCAAGCUGUGUUGGAUAGAAACCUAGCAGAAAACAUAUCCAGAGUGUUGUACCCCAAUGAUAAUUUUUUUGAAGGAAAGGAAUUGCGUCUGAAACAGGAGUACUUUGUGGUAGCUGCCACUCUCCAGGACAUCAUAAGACGAUUCAAGUCUUCCAAAUUUGGAUGCCGUGACCCAGUGAGGACCUGUUUUGAAACCUUCCCCGACAAGGUUGCCAUUCAGCUAAAUGACACUCACCCGGCUCUCUCCAUUCCUGAGCUCAUGAGAAUCUUUGUUGAUGUUGAACAGAUGGAUUGGGAUAAGGCCUGGGAAAUUACAAAACGAACCUGUGCAUACACCAAUCAUACAGUGCUGCCUGAGGCCCUGGAGCGCUGGCCAGUGUCUAUGUUUGAGAAGCUCCUGCCAAGGCACCUGGAGAUCAUUUAUGCUAUCAACCAAAAGCAUUUGGAUUAUGUGACUUCCCUCUUUCCUGGAGAUGUUGACCGCCUCCGAAGGAUGUCUGUGAUUGAGGAAGGAGACUGCAAAAGGAUCAAUAUGGCCCACCUGUCUGUCAUUGGUUCUCAUGCAGUCAAUGGUGUGGCUCAGAUUCACUCGGAGAUUGUGAAGAAUUCUGUAUUCAAAGAUUUCUACGAGAUAGAGCCAGAAAAAUUUCAAAACAAAACCAAUGGUAUCACUCCCAGGCGAUGGCUUCUGCUGUGUAACCCAGGACUCUCUGAAGUCAUUGUGGAGAGAAUUGGGGAAGAUUUCCUAACUGAUCUUAGCCAACUAAAGAAGCUGCUGGAUUUUGUCAAUGAUGAAGCCUUUAUUAGGGAUGUAGCUAAAGUUAAACAGGAGAAUAAACUGAAGUUCUCAGCGUACUUGGAAGAACAGUACAAAGUGAAAAUUAACGCAUCCUCUAUGUUUGAUGUGCAUGUCAAGAGAAUUCAUGAAUACAAGAGGCAGCUCCUCAAUUGCCUACAUAUAAUCACUCUCUAUAAUCGCAUCAGAAAAGACCCUAAAAAAUCCUAUGUGCCAAGAACAGUUAUGAUUGGAGGAAAGGCAGCUCCAGGCUACCACAUGGCAAAAAAGAUUAUCAGAUUGAUCACGGCCAUUGGAGAAAUUAUCAAUAAUGAUCCCUACAUAGGAGAUAGACUCAAAGUCAUAUUCUUGGAAAACUACAGAGUGUCUUUUGCUGAAAAAGUGAUUCCUGCUGCAGAUCUAUCUGAGCAGAUAUCUACGGCUGGGACUGAAGCUUCAGGGACAGGAAACAUGAAAUUCAUGUUGAAUGGAGCCCUCACUAUUGGGACCAUGGAUGGGGCCAACGUGGAAAUGGCUGAAGAAGCUGGAGAGGAUAAUCUAUUCAUUUUUGGCAUGCGAGUGGAUGACGUAGAAGCAAUGGAUAAGAAAGGGUACACUGCUAAGGAAUACUACGACAGGAUUCCAGAGCUCAAGCAAGUUAUUGAUCAAAUAAACAGUGGCUUUUUCUCACCAAAUGAUCCUAGUUGUUUCCACGAUAUUGUCAACAUGUUGAUGUAUCAUGACAGGUUUAAAGUAUUUGCUGAUUAUGAAGCCUACAUCAAAUGUCAAGGGCAAGUGGACCAACUAUACAUGAAUCCUAGGGAAUGGACUAAAAAGGUAAUUAAGAACAUUGCAUGCUCUGGCAAGUUUUCCAGUGACAGGACAAUUACUGAAUAUGCCAGAGAGAUCUGGGGAGUGGAACCUUCUGCUGUGAAAAUUCCUCCUCCAAACAUACCUAGGGAGUAAAUCUGCCAUUAGAAGGUGCAUGAAAUUACCCUGAUGGACUUCCUGCUGCUGCUGCUGCUGCUGCUGCUGCUAAGACAUACCUGCUUCCCUGUGACGUUUCUGCAGAUGAAUUCAAUCAUGUAUUUUAUCACACUUUGGCUUGUUUCAUCUUUAUAAACAUAUAGCUGAAAUGAGAGCAGCUGGUGUUUCAGAUAGUAAGAAAUAGUUGACCAAAACUUAUAGGUUGUAAUAGGAUUUUAAAAAUCCAGUAGACCAAUGUGGUUUAUAUGAAUCCAUGCAUUAUAUGCUGAGGGGCUCCUCAAGCCCCCAAACUUGUUAAAUCCUAUGGCAGUUCCCAAGUGAUCAGUCAGAAGGUGCCUACAAAGUCCAGGAUUAAAUGGAAAAUGUGAUUCCACAGGGAUAAUAAGUGUUGCCUUCUGGAAUGGAAGCUAGACUGGAACCUUUCUAUAACCAAGGAGAAUGCUUUUUCCAUAUAACUCAUCUUGAAGUCACUUCUCUGUCUUAAUUGCAGUGGUAUCUGCAGCAAACUGAGGUUGCAUCAAAAUGACACAUAGCUGAGGCAUCGUGACACAAACAUUGCUCUUAGUUACUUGUAUUCUGUUGACUAACACAAAUGUUCAGUUGUGGAUUUAGCAUUCUGACACACAUUUUAUUCCUUGUCCCUCUUCCCCUCCUCUCCACACGUAUGCUCAUUAGGAGAACUAUUGCUGAUCUCCCAGUCAGUUCUUUUUAAUCCAGAAUCAUUUUAAGUGACCAGUUAUCACAAACUGAAAAAUCAGGAUACUUUUUCCUGUAGGGACAUGGAGUUCAAAGUGGGUUAAAGGCACCAAAGAACCUGCUUGUUUUCCUCUAAAAUGAGAAUUCCAGAACAACCUGUGAUUCAUAAAGUUAGCAUCCAGUCUGGUGCCCUCAAGAAGCAUUGGGACUGCCCAGUCAGCCAAAUUAAGUCAAAUUAUGGGCCAUAUUUUGUGAUCUGCUGGAUUCUGGAUAAUUUUCAGAGCAAGUGGCAGUAAAUAAAAAAUUAAGACAUUUGCUUAGCCUCAUGGUAGAUUGCUAAGCUUUGCUUUAGGAAAUAGACUUUUAUGUUUCAAAUUGUGCAGUUAUAUGGAUUAUUUAAAACAAUCUUAUAUAAAGAGCAGACACUAAAAUACUGUCACUUCUCAUACUGAAACCACUCCAUCCAGAGUUUUUCUUGAGUCAGUGUUGUCUCUAGAGGUCACAUUUUUAGUAUUUUAAAAGUAUAUUGGGAAACCCCAUGAAUUUUAAUUUCAGGCAAUAACAUCAUGAUUUUGGGAUCUAUCAGGUCUUCUAGCCUGGAUUGGGACACGGUGGCUCAGUGGCUAAGACGCUGAGCUUGUCGAUCGAAAGGUCGGCAGUUCAGCGGUUCGAAUCCCUAGUGCCGAGUCAUGGGGUGAGCUCCCGUUACUUGUCCCAGCUUCUGCCAACCUAGCAGUUCGAAAGCAUGAAAAAAAUGCAAGUAGAAAAAUAGGGACCACCUUUGGUGGGAAGGGAACAGUGUUCCGUGCGCCUUUGGCGUUUAGUCAUGUUGGCCACAUGACCAUGGAGACGUCUUCAGACAACGCUGGCUCUUCGGCUUUGAAACGGAGAUGAGCAUCGCCCCCUAGAGUCGGGAAUGACUAGCACAUAUGUGCGAGGGGAACCUUUACCUUUAGCCUGGGAUGUUAAAUAAAUAAUUUUUCUUUUUUACAAAUGCUGAGGAAAUUGACUAUAUUUUAGAGCCCAAUCUUUAUUUGUAAAUGGCCAGAAUGGAAAUGAAUGUAUGUCCUAUAAGUUUCCAGGACCAAAACAUUAAACAAACAAGCUGUUUUCCUUUUCAGACUUUUUAGUAGAGGCAUUAUCAAUCUAAUACCAGGUCAAAGAAAUAAUGAAUAUAAUCUACAAAUAAUUCCUUCUCUAAGAUGAUGCCCUCCAAAUAUCCUGUGGUAGCAACUCCCCACUGUCAGGGAGUCAUAUAGGAGGAGACCAGAAACAGCUGCCUAAUCUCUGCUUCUCCCUAGAUUAAUUUUUAGGGUUGCCCCAUACGGAUACAACUUCAUCUAUCAAAUGUAGGAAAUUGUGACCACAGUUUUCUGAACAGACAGCAAAUAGGCAUGCAAUAAUUAACAGGAGAAAGACUUUGUCAAAAACAGGUGACAGUUUUGUCAGAGCUGACACUGUGAUCAUCUGUUGAGAAGUUAGGACAGAGAGCUGAGGCAGAUCAAUAUCAAUCAAUAGCAGAUUUAUAUAACGCUUCACAAAGCGGUUUACAGAGUCAGCAUAUUGCCCCCAACAAUCUGGGUCCUCAUUUUACCAACCUCAGAAGGAUGGAAGGCUGAAUCAAUCUUGAGUCUGGUGAGAUUUGAUCUGCCAAAUUGCAGGCAGCGGCAGUCAGCAGAAGUAGCCUGCAGUACUGCAAUUUAACCACUGUGCCACCACUAAGAGAUCCUUUCCGCUAUCCAGGACUAAUCGAUACCCAUAUCAAUCUAUUGGAAUGGCAUGAAACACAAUAAUUUCAUAAAUUUCAAGAGCCAUAAAGAAACAAAAUUUCAAUGCUUGCAUUAUUCUAGAAAACAACAAAUUGUGAAAGUAAAACUGAUAUUCAUUUUAUAUCAGUCUGCUGUAUUUUUGUCUAACCAAAGUGGAUGAAAUUAAAGUAAAAUAUAUGGUUUUCUACUUUGUGUAGGCCAUAAUUCACUAAAUAACUGCUAAAAGUUCAGUUCUUCCAGGUUUAUGCAACAUUUAAGUAUAUUAUAGAAUACAUUGGUAUGUUUACAGCUAUAGUACCUCAUUUCAGAUGAACUUUGGGGUUUUAUAACUUAUUAACUCAAGAUGUUUGUAAGUAUGUUAUUCGCAUGUUUAGUUUUGUUUUUUUUUUAAUUUGCUGUUUGUGGUAUAUAGCCGUACUUAUACAAUUGUAACUUCCAGGCUCGUCCAAACUAGAAAGAUUCUUAGCACAAGCCAAGCUGUUAAACCACAAUUUAAGAUUUAUUUACAAUUGUAUCUUGUUCUAAAAUUACUAACCAUCAUUUCUUAGCUGACAAAAAUUGGAAUCUGUGAUUAAUUGGAAUCUGUUUGGUCUGAUUGUAGCAAUAGUUGUGGAGAAAUUCCUACCAAUCUGGGUUUAUAAACUGAGAUCAUACCAA